AUGAUUAUUUAUAUAUUUUUGUUUUAUUUCAAUAUUUUUAUUCAUACUUUAUUCAUAUUAUGUUUUAGAAUAAAUAAGAUAAAUCAUAAAAAUAAUUUAUUCAUAUUGAAAAAAAAAACAAAUAAUAAUAUUGAUAUAAAAGAUAACCUUGAAACAAAUAGAAAAUGUAAAAAUAUUGAAAUAAAAGAAACUGUUGAAAAAAAUAUUAAAUGUAAAAUUGGGAUAGAAAUUCAUAUACAGUUAAGCACAAAAUAUAAAGUGUUUUGUAACUGCUUUAAUGUCUCAUCUUUAUAUAGUAAAAAAACUUACGAAAAGAAUCAUAUUGAUCUAAUAAAUUAUUUGAAUGAAAAUAUUUUAAAAAAUGAAAAAAUAGAAAAGGGGAAAAAAGAUUUAUUAAAUUACAUGUUAAAAAGAAAUAUAGAGAAAGAUACAAAUGAAGAAAAUAAUAUUAAAGAGGGUGAGAAUAAUCAAAUUACUAAUAAAAAUAAAACAGUUGAUAUAGAAGAUAAUAAUUAUAUUAUUAAACCAAAUAAAUAUAUAUGCAAUAUUUGUAUAGGUGAAGUGGGUUCUUUAAAUAUAUUGAAUAUAACAUCUGUCUUAUUCACAUAUCUAAUAUCCAUAAUUUUUAAUUGUAGAUUAAAUCAGUAUAUUAAAUUUGACAGAAAAAUUUAUAAUUAUUAUGAUCUACCAAAAGGUUAUCAAAUUACUCAGAAAAAAAAACCAAUAGGAACAAACGGAUUUAUAAAUAUAAAUAAAAAAAAAUUUCUCAUAAAAAGUAUCCACUUAGAAGAGGAUACAAGUAAGUGCUAUAUUCUUGAAAAUAACAAAAAUUUACAGAAUAAUUUAAAAGAAAAAUAUAUUUUACAAAAUUAUGAAGGUAAUAAAAAUGAAGAAAGUUGCAAUGAAAUAAUGUCAGCAUACUCUUUAAAUAUUAAUUCAACUGUUAAUAAUUAUUUUUCUCAAAAAAAAAAAGAAAAAUCAAAUUUGAACAUAUUUGAUGAUCAAAAAGAAAAUGAACAAUAUGUACAGAAUUUAGAUAAAAAUAUGUAUGAGAAAAAUUUCUUAAAUAAAAAUAUCCUAUUAGAUUAUAAUAGAUGUGGUAUUCCGUUGGCUGAAAUAACUAUAGAAAAGGAUUAUAUGAAUAGUGAUGAUUGUAUAAAUUUGCUGAAAGAAAUAAAAAAUAAAGUAUGUCUUUUAGGUGUUUGUGUAGGUAAUAAAGAAAACAUAAGAUCAGAUAUAAAUAUAUCUUUUGAAUAUAAUAAUAUAAAUUAUAAUAGAGUUGAAAUAAAAAAUAUUAAUAGUUUCAGAAAAAUUAGAAAUUAUAUAGAAAUAGAAAAAAACAAUUUUAUAAACCUAAUUAUGGAAAAUAAAGAAAAUAAAAACAACGUUAAAAAAGUAAAUGAUAUAUAUACAAAAAGCUAUUUAGAUAACAAACAUUUUAUUUUAAGGAAAAAAGAAUUCUAUAACUAUGUUCACGAAGGAAAUAUACCUGAAUAUAAAAUAAACAAAAAAGUAAUUAAAUUACUAAACUUUUAUGUUAAUUAUAAAAUAAAAAUAUAUGAAGAUGAAAAAAAGUAUCAGUGGUCAAAGCAAUACUUCUAUGUAUUUUUUAAUGAUCCUUUUUUAUACAAUUAUUUCAAUGAAUGCUUAAAAUUUCAAGAUGAAAAAAAUAUUUCAAAUUUUAUUGUUAACAUAUUAUUAGAUGUAUUGAAAAAAAAAAAAAUUUUAUCAAAAAAUAUUCUAAUAAAACCAAAAGAUUUAUGUUUUCUUAUUAAUUAUUUCAUAAAAAACAAUUUAGAUAAUGGCUUUCUUAAAAAAUUUUUAUUCAAAUACAUUGAUCAUGGAUUUGAAAAAAAGUUUCUUUAUGAAAAUUUAAAAAAUAUAAACAGUGAAGAACUUGAAUGCAUUUUAAAAAAAUUAAUUGAUGAUAAUUUAAAAUAUUUAAAAAUAGAUAAAGACAAAAACAUUUUAAAUGAACAAAAUUUUAAAAAUAGAAUUAUAGGCAUAUUAAAAAAGGAAGUAAAUGAAAAUUCGCAAUUCAGUUUGGAUUAUAAAUUUAUAAACAAUUUUAUUAUUGAUUAUAUAAAAAAAUCUAUAUAA